AUGGCCCGGAAGCUGUCCUUCAACCUGGCCCCCGUCAAGAUGGCCCCCAAGAGCGAUCUUGGCGACCGCGCCUCGGAUCCCGCAUCGUCACACUCGCGCGAGUCGUCCUCGCACCGCAGACACACGUCCAAGGACACGAUAUGCGACAACUCGCCCUGGAUCAACCGCAGAGUCCUCGACAGCCACACCGAGCUCGAGCUCCGCGCCGCAUGCCGCCUCAUCCUCAAGAACUUCAAGCCCUCCGACUAUGGCAUGGAGAACACGGACCCCAAGCUCGACUUUGCCGGCUUCAAGCCGCGCAAGGAAUCCAAGCCGCUCCCCGCCGACGUCAAUGUGCGCAUCCCCACGGGCGCGCCCCCAGAGCCCGCCUCGUCCACUUCGUUUCUGCCUCGCUCGCGCAGCACAAAAACCCGCACCCGCGCAAAGGCCGACAUGGAGAUUCGAGCUAGGCAAAACGCUGACGCCCCAGCAAGAGCCAACAGCAGCCGAAAGCGAGCCGACUUUGGCUGGUUCACCGACCGCGACGCCGAAAAGGACGAGAAACUGCGAACCCUGGGGAAAGCCUCCAUGGAUGUAGCCAGGCCCGCCGCUGCCACCAACAUCUCAGAUGAAGACGUGACGCUGCCCGUAGCCGUCACGUCGACCCUCGCCAACCAAAAGCCUUCCCACCACUUGGACGACCCCGUAGCCGCUGCAGAUGCACAGGCAACCGAGUGGAUGCGACGAGAGCUGGACAAGAAGCAGCAGCAGCAGCAGCAGCAGCAGCAAGAUACGACCGACCGCCGACGUCCCUCCAUGUCGGCCGCCCGCCCGCCCAGCCGCACCGCCAGCAUCAAGGAGAGCGUCAAAGAAUACGUCUUCCCCGGCUCGCGAAGUCGCGCACUCAGCCGUGCGCAAUCCAAGGACUCGCUGCGUUCGUCGGUCGAAAACCAAGAAAACGGCCUUUCGCGACAGGGCUCCAACGCGGGAUGGCGCAACUGGGGUCUUCGCCGCAUGAAGAGUGAGCGGGAUGCGGGAUGCGGGAUGCGGCGAUGA